AUAACAUGAAUCUUCUGACCUCGUCUCUGUGUUCUUAUUCACUUUUGCUCGACUAAUAUUACCUAAUACCUACCACCACCUUUCCCGCGUACAGUUUUGACCCCGCCAAUUUCUUUCUUUGACCCCGCCAUCCAUACUCAACCACAAAAAAUAAAUCACCAGGAAUCCUCAUUCAACAUGGCAGACCACCCAAUUGAUACCCCUCCACGAGCUCCGUCUCCAGUCCAUCGCUUUGGUACUCUCGCUGUGCACGCUGGCUCUCCUCAUGACCCAGUUACAGGAGCUGUCAUUGAAUCCAUCUCACUCUCUACGACCUUCGCCCAAACAGCAGUCGGACAGCCAAUAGGCAAAUACGAAUACAGCCGUUCCUCCAACCCCAAUCGCGAUAACUUCGAGACAGCUGUAGCAGCACUUGAGAAUGCCAAGCAUGCAUUAGCAUUCUCGUCUGGAUCUGCGACCACUGCUGUCAUUUUGCAGAGUCUGGCGGCGGGCAGUCAUGUCAUUAGUGUCAGCGACGUCUAUGGAGGUACACACAGAUACUUCACCCAAGUUGCGAGCGCCCAUGGUGUGAAGGUUACGUUCACCCCUGAAAUUGAGGUCGACAUUAGACAGCAUAUCACCCCUGACACGAAGCUGGUUUGGAUCGAGACACCCUCGAACCCUACCCUGCGUUUGGUUGACAUCAGAGCUGUGGCCACACAAGCACAUCAACAUGGCAUUAAGGUUGUGGUCGACAAUACCUUCAUGAGCCCAUACGUCCAGAACCCAUUAGAUCAUGGAGCAGAUAUUGUGGUUCACUCGGUCACAAAGUACAUCAAUGGUCAUUCGGAUGUGGUUAUGGGUGUUGCAGCAUUCAAUUCAGAGGAGAUGCUCAAGAGAUUGAGUUUCUUGCAAAAUGCUAUUGGUGCUAUCCCCUCACCUUUCGACUGCUGGCUUGCUCACCGCGGAAUGAAGACUCUGCAUUUGAGAGCCAGAGAAGCUACCACGAACGCUACUUCUGUUGCCAAGGCUUUAGAAGGCUCUCCACAUGUCAUUGCGGUCAAUUAUCCAGGUCUGAAUUCGCAUCCUCAUCGAGCUAUUGCUAUCAAGCAACAUCGAAAUGGAAUGGGUGGUGGCAUGCUUUCUUUCCGCAUCCAAGGAGGCCACGCGGCUGCUGAACGAUUCUGCCAAGCCACUUCUCUAUUCACCCUGGCAGAGUCGCUAGGAGGAGUCGAGAGUUUGGUCGAAGUCCCAAGCAGCAUGACCCAUGCUGGUAUUCCUAAGGAUCAACGAGAAGCAGUGGGUGUCUACGAUGACUUAGUCCGAAUGAGCUGUGGUGUCGAAGAUGCAGAGGAUCUGAAGGCCGAUGUCUUGCAGGCAUUGGAGAAGGCUGUCGUUCUGCCCAAGAUCACAAAUGGUCUUAAUGGCUUCGCACACCGUGCUAAGUAAAGCGUGUGCUUCUGAGAUGCAUUUACUGGGGGUUUGGAGUCUAGCGCAUGGGACCUUUCAACAAUAUAGCGAGCAUAGUCCACUGGAUGACGAAAAAUUUCAGGUAAUGGGAAGAUUGGAUAGAUACCUUUUUUGAUCGUAGAUUUUCGGAUAGAGAAAUGGAAAAUGCGUUGACGUUUCUACAUUCUUGCUAG